AUGCCGCCCAAGUUUGACCCCAACGAGAUCAAAGUCGUGCACCUGAGGUGCACCAGUGGUGAAAUCAGCACCACGUCUGCCCUGGCCCCCAAGGUCAGUCCCUUGGGUCUAUCUCCAAAGAAAAUUGAGGUGGCACCUUCUGCCUCUGCCCUGAUCACUGAAGCUCUCAAGGAGCCGCCAAGAGACAGAAAGAAGCAGAAAAACAUUAAACACAGCAGAAAUAUCGCUUUUGAUGAGAUUGCUAACAUUGCCCAACAGAUGAGGCUCCAGUCUUUAGCCAGAGAACAGUCCGGACCCUUUAAGGAGAUCCUGGGGACCGCCCAGUCUGUGGGCUGCAACCUGGACAGCCGGCACCCUCAUGACAUCAUAGAUGACAUCAACAGUGGUGUUGUCGAGUGCCCAGCUAGCUAA